AUGGGCAAAGCGAGGAGGAAUAGGGUUCGCGCCCGAGACAAUGCCGACCCUCUUUCCGCACCUUCGAAGCCGCCUGCCGACCCCGAGCUCGCUGCCCUCCGAGAGCAGAAGAUCCUCCCCGUGCUCAAGGAACUGCGCAACCCCGACGCCCAAGCUCGCCUCACAGCCGCUAAUGCCAUUUAUGGCCUCCUCGCUGAUGAUAAAUGCAGGAGGCUUUUGCUGCGCGAGCAGCUCCUGCGCCUUCUCAUCAAGGAUAGCUUGGCUGACUCGAACCCUGAAGUGAGGGCUACUGCGUGGGAUAUCAUUAAGAACGUUGCGGAGAAGGAGGAUUCCGGUUUCUGCAUUCACCUAUACAGGCAAGACAUCUUGCCCGCCAUUGAGUUUGCGGCUGACACGCUAUCCGAAACCCUCCAAUCCACACAAAUCCCCUUCGAAACCACAACAAAGGCCCAGCAGUCCAUAGUAUGGAAGAUUGCGACGGCGAUCUGCUCCCUGCUGGGAGCUCUUGGUGAAGCGCAAGAAGAUAUCCUCCAGGCCAUCACCAACAGCGACAAAAUUUCAAAGCUCCUCCUAGGUCUUCUGGCGAGAGAAAUUAUCGACCCCGACACCCUCGAUGAGUGCCUUUCUUGCACGAUGACCCUAACCGAGGACAAUCCGCCUCUCGCCGAAGCCUUGGCCUCGUCGCCGGCGUUCGAUCUGCUUAUGAAGCUCAAGAACCUCGACGGCUCUACAUCCAUACUUGUCUGUGGCGUCCUUCACAAUGUCUUUGCCGCUCUCGAAUGGAACGAUGCAAGCCCAGGCAAGGAUGGUGCGACGGACGAGAUACUCGUGCGACGGCUGGCUCGCACAAUACAAGAUUAUAGGUCUGCAGGACAAACCUCCGAGUGGGUGGCGCCGGAUGAGAUCGCUACCCUAGCACUCGAGAUUCUCGCCUCCAUCGCCAGUACCAUCCAAGAGACCUUAGCCGGGGGCCCGCGGCAUGGCCCGGGGGAUGAGGAGAUGGGCGAUGACAUCAUGGAAGAGGAUGAGGAUGAGGACGAGGGCGACAAUGACGAUGAUGAGUUGCCGUCCGACAUGGAGGGCUCGGAUGAUGACGACAUGGAUGAUGAUGAAAUGAUUGAAGACAUGGAGCUGGUCACAGGUGCAGAUGAUGACGACGGUAUCAGCAACCUUCCGACGCUCGAGGCCUUUUUGAGCAAGGCCUUGCCCCAGGUCCUCAAGCUGGCGAGUCCUUCCUUGCAGGGCCAGGCUUCGCCCGAGAUCCAGGUGCAUGCCGUAUCCGUACUCAACAACCUCUCAUGGUCUCUCGCUUGUGUCGAGUUUACGGAUGACCAGAGUGAGGGUCUCUUCAAGGCCUGGGUGGCCCCCGGCAGAGACAUUUGGACCCUAGUGGUGAAUGAGAUCCUCGACUCAGACACCAACGAUCUCGCCCUCGCCACCGAGGUCACAAGCUUGGCUUGGGCGGUCGCCAAGGCUUUGGGCGCCAAGCUGCCUCUAGGAGAGGGUCACCACCAAAAGUUUAUCGCCCUCUAUCAAGCCACCAAGAACAUGAUGGCGAGCGACGACCAAAACGGCGGGGACGCCCCCGGCGCCGAAGAUCCUUUCCAGAGUCUUGGCGUCAAGUGUAUCGGUGCCCUUGCUCAACUUGCUCGUGAUCCAGCCCCUCUAGCGUUGAACCGUGAUAUUGGUGUCUUCCUUGUCACGGUUAUCGGCGCUCUCCCCGAGACAGCCCCCGCCGAAGCUGUGGAGGCGCUCAACCAGCUCUUCGACAUCUACAGCGAUGAGGAUUCCGAGGGCGACAAGGUGUUUUGGCAGGACAACUUCUUGAAGCACCUUGAGGCAGCCCUACCCAAGACGAGGAAGAUGCUCAAGGGUAUCCACAAAAACGAGCCUAGGCUCAAAGAACUCAGGGACCGGACUGAGGAGGUUGUAAUGAACCUCGAGCGCUUCAUCCAGUACAAGAAGAAGAACGCGCCGUCUUAA